AUGCUGUAUUUUCCCCAUUAUCAGAACUCAGAGAUUUCAAUUCCCAAUAUAAAAAAAGGAAAGAGGAUAUCUUUGUUCUUGCUUCAGUUGCCAACUUGCCAUUUCAAGUCCAACCCAGUAGGCCAGUACUCAGAAAGGUCACAACUGAAUAUUUCUUCUCUCUUCUUUCACCCUUCAAAAAUUUAGAAAUUCCUCAAUUUCUGAUGCAGAAGAAAUCAUAAAAUUCUCAAGUGAUGGAUCUGCAAAGAUUGAGCUUGUUUUUCUCUCUUUGUUUUCUUAUAAUAAGUGUUAGAGCUGGGGAUAUAAUUCACCAUGAUGAUAAAGCUCCACAAAAACCUGGGUGUGAGAAUGAUUUCAUCCUGGUGAAAGUGCAAACAUGGAUUGGGGAAAAGGAAGAUGUAGAAUUUGUUGGUGUUGGUGCGAGAUUUGGUACUAGGAUUGUCUCGAAGGAGAAGAAAGCAAACCACUCUCGCCUUACUCUUUCAGACCCUAAAGAUUGUUGCAGUCAGCCAAGAAACAAGCUUGCCGGAGAUGUCAUUAUGGUACAUCGAGGCCACUGCAGAUUCACAACUAAAGCAAAUGUUGCAGAAGCUGCUGGUGCUUCAGCAGUUCUCAUUAUAAAUGAUGCAAAUGAGCUUUACAAGAUGGUCUGUGAACCGGAUGAGACUGAUCUUGAUAUCCAUAUCCCUACGGUUAUGCUCCCUCAAGAUGCUGGUAUAACGUUGGAAAAGAUGCUGUCAAAUAGUUCUUCAGUAUCUGUGCAGCUAUACUCUCCUCGAAGACCAGUAGUGGAUAUUGCCGAAGUGUUUUUAUGGCUUAUGGCAGUUGGCACCGUUCUAUGUGCAUCAUAUUGGUCAGCUUGGAGCGCCAGAGAAGCUGUUGCUGAGCAUGAAAAGCUAUUGGAAGAUGCUUCAGAUGAACUCUCAAAUGUGAGCUAUGGUGGUGUGGUGAACAUCAGCACAAAAUCGGCCCUACUGUUUGUUGUUGUAGCUUCAAGCUUUCUUGUUGUCCUUUACAAAUUGAUGUCGUCUUGGCUCAUUGAGCUUUUGGUGUUGCUUUUUUGCAUUGGCGGUGCCGAGGGGUUACAAACAUGCUUGGUUGCUUUACUUUCAAGGUGGUUCAAUUUGUUCGCACGCUCAUAUGUGAAAGUACCUCUUCUUGGAGCUAUUUCAUACCUUACUUUAGCUGUUUCACCAUUCUGCAUCACAUUUGCAGUCCUUUGGGGAGUUUAUCGAGAUCUUCAUUUUGCCUGGAUUGGUCAAGAUGUGCUUGGAAUUGCUUUGAUAAUUACUGUUAUUCAAAUUGUUCGGAUUCCAAAUCUCAAGGUGGGAACAAUUCUUCUAUCUUGUGCCUUCUUGUAUGACAUAUUUUGGGUCUUUAUCUCAAAGAAGUUAUUCCAUGAGAGUGUUAUGAUUGUGGUAGCCCGUGGUGAUAAAAGUGGGGAGGACGGUAUUCCUAUGUUGCUUAAGAUUCCACGCAUGUUUGACCCAUGGGGUGGCUAUAGCAUCAUUGGUUUUGGUGACAUCCUUUUGCCAGGAUUACUAAUAGCGUUUUCUCUCAGGUAUGAUUGGUUGGCAAAGAAGAGUCUUCGAGCUGGGUACUUCUUGUGGACUAUGAUCGCCUACGGAUUAGGUCUUCUCAUUACUUAUGUCGCUCUUAAUUUAAUGGAUGGACAUGGCCAACCUGCUUUGUUAUACAUUGUCCCUUUUACUUUAGGAACAUUAUUGAUGCUGGGUAAAAAAAGAGGCACUCUCAAGGUUUUAUGGACGAGAGGGGAGCCCGAAAGACCUUGCUCUCAUAUGCAUCUGCAUAUGUCUGAGGAAUCGAAUCAAGAAAAGUAGAUCCUCAGUCUGAAAUUAAUGUAUAAUUACAUAGAAGUUAGGUGUUGUACUUGUACUAAUUCACCUUCAAGGCUUCAAUUUUCUAUUGCCUGGAAGCAGGAAAGAAUGUAAUAUAUGUCGAAUUUGCCAAACUAGUUUAUAUUGUAUAUUUUCAUACUGAGCUCUUGAGCUGGGUGCAAGACCCUCUUAUUAUAUGAGUAAUAGAAAUGAAUUGGUCCUAUCAAA